AAAAAAAAAAAUGUAUAUGUAUUUUGCUGUUGUUGGAUGAAGUGUUCUAUAAAUUAGAUCCAAUUUAUUGAUGGUGUUCUACAGUUCUCCUAGAUUUUUGCCGAUGACUUGUUCUCUCACUAUGAAAGGUAGUGUGUGUGUUCUAUGCGUCUAACAAUUCAUUGUCCAGUUAGAGUUGCUAUUGUACCACUUCAAGUGGAUGGAGAUCCUCACUGCCAUCCCUGAAUGUGCAUUCAUCAUUUUGAGAGUGAAAAGAUUGUUAAAAUUGCUUUUACUUUUUUAGGUAUGCCCAAAUGAGAUGGGACUAGUGAAAUGGGCGGGAAAAUUGGAAGCUGACAGUGUGUGAGCUAGACACCCAUGAAUGCCUUUGGACUGGGCGGUGAGAGGGAUGAUAGGUGAUAAUGUAAGGCGGCUCCAUCACACAUGCUGGGGACUCCUGUGGAACAGACCAGCAGCUGCAUUUGGAGAUUCAUUUUCGAUUGUCGCAUUUCCUCUUAGAGCUUUGCUUGGUCAUCGUGUUCUGAGUAGUCCAUUGGCCUCCGUGUCCCUUUUGUGGUGGACAUUUGCUCAGUGACUUUUGAGCAGCUGGAUCUCCUGCUGCGGCAGGUGAGGGAGGGGAUGGACGGCUCCGCGGACUGGCCCCCGCCCCAGGAGAAAGAGUGCGUGGCCGGGCAACGCCGAAGCUUCUACGACUUCAGGUCUGGGCAGCGUUCUCCUGAACAGCCUGAAGCAGACGGUGGUGACCCUGGCCAGCAGCGCGGGCGUGCUGAGCACCAUGCAGUCGUCCGCCCAGGCCGUGCCGCAGAGCGGCUGGUCCGUGCUGCUGCCCAGCGCCGAGGAGCGGGCCCGGGCACUCUCUGCUCCCCUGCCCUGCGCAGUUUCAGGCAAUGACGUGAACAUAAGUCGAGGUUGUCAAUUCAUGAGUGAUCUUCUGGUGGGCAGCUUGAUGGCUGCUGGAGGGUUGGAGUCAGCCUUAUACGCAGCCAUUACUGCAGAGAUCCAGGUAUGGCCUUGGAGGCACACGUGACCUGGUGGUGCUCUGAGAUCGGAAAUACCACACUCACACGUGAAGAAUAACUGAAAACAGUAAAACUAACUUGUAUCAUAUCCAAGUAUUUUUUAAACUCUUUUAUGUGCUAAUUUAAACAAUUACUGAGAUAUGAUUUAAUUGUGCAAUCCUGGGUGUUGUCUGUUUCAGUGAAGUUAACAGGUAACUUGUCCAUCAUGUAGACCAUUCCCAACACCGGGGAAGAUCCCUGUGCCCCUUGGCACUCGCAGCCAGGACGCUCCCCUGCCCUCAGAUGAGAUUCAUUUUCCUGCUCUGAGUGUUGCAGCAAUGUAACUGCAGAGGCUGCACUCUUUCCUGCGUUGCCUUGGAGAAGGAUUUUCGGAUUCACUCACACUGAUGUGUGUCUUGUGACUUGGUUUUUAUUAUUGGGAAGUUUUCCAUUUUAUAGGUGCAGUGCUGGUUGUUAGUUCAUUCUCCUAUUGAAGGAGAUUUAAUUGGUUUUUUUUGUUUUGGUUUUUUUUUUUUUUUGAGACAGGGUCUUGCUCUGUCACCCAGGCUGGAUACAGUGACCUGAUCUUGGCUCACUGCAGCCUGGUCCUCCUCGGCUCAAACGAUCCUCCCACCUCAGCCUCCUGUGUUGCAGGGACCACAGUCAGGUCACGAUGCCUGGCUAGUUUUUUGAUUUUUUUGUAGAGACAAGGUUUCACUAUGUUGCACAGGCUGGUCUCGAACUCCUGGG